UUGCGACAGUGCCGUAUGCCGACGCGCUGCUCUCCCCAGUGAGAUACCGGCUGGGAAGCGCAGUUGUAGGGGGGGAAAAAUAGCAAAGUCGGCUCGCAAACGCGAAAAACACCGAGCGCUCUGUGCGGUUUAAAACAACAACAACUGGUUGUCAUCUGCACGUCGCGAAAGGUUAAAUGUGGGAGUUUAAGCAGGAUUAACGGCGACGCGGGGAGGGAAGGCAACUCGUUAGUGUCAGCGGGGUUUGGAGUAAAGUUGCCUCCCUGUUAGCGGCGCUUUAAAGGGAAGAAAGACAACAGAAACCAGCUGCGGUGAAAAUGGACUAUGAUUUCAAAGUGAAACUGACCGGAGCGAGGGAGCGUGUGGAGGACCUGUUCGAGUAUGAGGGGUGUAAAGUGGGCCGGGGGACCUACGGGCAUGUGUACAAGGCGAAGAGAAAAGACGGGAAAGACGAUAAAGAGUACGCGCUGAAGCAGAUCGAGGGCACGGGGAUCUCCAUGUCAGCCUGCAGAGAGAUAGCGCUGCUACGAGAGCUGAAGCACCCCAACGUGAUCUCACUGCAGAAAGUUUUCCUGUCACAUGCGGACCGCAAAGUGUGGCUUCUCUUCGACUACGCAGAGCAUGACCUCUGGCACAUCAUUAAGUUCCACAGAGCCUCCAAGGCCAAUAAGAAACCUCUGCAGCUGCCGCGCGGAAUGGUGAAGUCUCUCCUCUACCAGAUCCUGGACGGCAUCCACUAUCUGCACGCCAACUGGGUCCUUCACAGAGACUUGAAACCCGCAAAUAUCUUGGUAAUGGGCGAGGGGCCAGAGAGAGGCCGUGUCAAAAUAGCGGAUAUGGGCUUUGCCCGUCUCUUUAAUUCACCACUGAAGCCUUUAGCUGAUCUGGACCCUGUGGUAGUUACUUUUUGGUACCGAGCACCGGAGCUCCUGCUGGGGGCCAGACAUUACACCAAAGCCAUCGAUAUCUGGGCGAUCGGCUGCAUCUUUGCAGAACUCUUGACCUCCGAGCCGAUUUUCCACUGCAGGCAGGAGGACAUUAAGACCAGUAACCCGUACCACCAUGACCAGUUGGACCGCAUCUUUAACGUCAUGGGCUUCCCUGCAGAUAAAGACUGGGAGGACAUAAAGAAGAUGCCGGAACACUCCACGCUGAUGAAAGACUUCAGAAGGAACACAUACACUAACUGCAGCCUCAUAAAAUACAUGGAAAAGCAUAAAGUCAAGCCCGACAGUAAAGCAUUCCACUUGCUGCAAAAGCUGCUCACUAUGGACCCGAUCCGCCGGAUCACAUCUGAACAGGCCAUGCAGGACCCGUACUUCCUGGAGGAGCCUCUUCCCACCUCGGACGUCUUUGCCGGUUGCCAGAUCCCGUACCCCAAGCGAGAGUUCCUGACUGAGGAGGAACCUGAGGACAAGGCGGAUAAAAAGAACCAGCAGCAACAGGGGAACAACCACACCAACGGGGCGGGCCACACUGGUAACCCUGACAACAGCCACGCACAAGGCCCGCCUCUCAAAAAAGUGAGAGUGGUUCCGCCCACCACUACCUCAAGCGGCCUGAUCAUGACCUCAGACUACCAGCGUUCGAAUCCACAUGCUGCCUACCAGAACCCAGGACCAAGCACAUCACUGCCCCAGAGCAGCAUGGGAUACUCCUCUACCUCCCAGCAGCCUCCACAGUACUCUCACCAGACCCACCGCUACUGAGCCCAUGCCCACCCGGCGCCCGACAGACAGAACGUUCUGAGGCCGGAGGUGGGUGUGGCUACGGAGCACGAAACCCUGGCCACUCCUCCUCCUUACGGGUGCUCGUCGUGUAACGUUACCAUAGAUACAACGCCAAGACCCAAACUAACAUAACGACGCAUCACAUUUCCGCGACGGUGGAGAACGAAAGGGCGGACGAUGAAUAUGUGUCUGUGCCAUGGGUCAUCUGUCCGAUUCUUCGCUGUGACCUUUCACAAAGUCAUAAAUAAACAUUAAAAAGAAAAGAUAAAGAGCAAAAACAAAAAACAAAGUGGUACUGAAAGCUGCGCUUAAUCUGAGGGGGUUCUUUAAUCAGCAAAGCUCCCAGCAUCUCCAGAACUAAAGCUGCUAAUUAAUUGCCAGCAUUGACAGCAUAUAACACACACAGACACGCACACACACACGUAUACACUUAAACACACAUUUAUACGCAAGUCAUUGCUGGAAGUGUAUUCUCAGUGCUGGAGCUGCUGAGUGAAGUCUGACAAGUGCACCUAGUGCCCCCUGCUGGACAACAGCACUAAUGGUCACUGGGAUGAGAGGGAUGCAGAAGAAAACAGAAACUUGACUUUAGUAGUUCUAAUUUAAUGUUUUUGGCUUUUGUUUUCACGUUAGGACAGAAAAAAGGCUUCCGUUUUUUUUUGCUGUGACGGCCGCAGGUCUGAGCCUGAUUAGAGCCGGUUAUAAGUGGAGAGCAAAGCGACGAUGCGUUGUACUGUAUUGUAAUGAAAUAUUUUACAUGAAGCAAGUAUCCUGAUAAUAAAGUUGGAAAUGUUUAAAAUGGGA